ACCACUUAAAAGCCCACUCCCUCUCCCCCGUCCUUCUUGCAACUCUUCCUCUUUUCCUUAUUUAUCGAUCUAUCUCUACCCAGGUUAUCAUCAGCCAUCAACAAUUACCACAAAUCAAUCACUUCUCAUCACUAAAGUAUCACCAAACCAAUAAUAAACAUCAGCCAAUAUGACUGGACGCGGCAAGGGCGGCAAGGGUCUCGGAAAGGGUGGCGCCAAGCGUCACCGCAAGAUUUUGCGUGACAACAUUCAGGGUAUCACCAAGCCCGCUAUCCGACGUCUCGCUCGUCGUGGUGGUGUCAAGCGUAUCUCAGCCAUGAUCUACGAAGAGACUCGAGGUGUCCUCAAGUCCUUCCUCGAGGGUGUCAUCCGUGACGCAGUCACCUACACCGAGCACGCCAAGCGCAAGACCGUCACCUCUCUCGACGUCGUCUACGCUCUGAAGCGACAGGGCCGCACCCUGUACGGUUUCGGUGGUUAAGCGCGUUCACUUCCCGCCUUUGCCAAGGAUUUGCUGCGCUCGCUAUAUAUCGGCCCGUUCCGCUCAACGAUAUAAGUCAGAAGCAAGUCGAAGCAAAACCGGAAGUACCGCGAUGAACUGGGGAGGAUAGUGACAUUAAAGGGAUUGGCAUGAUACACAACAUUCUGACAAUGGCGUUGGUGGUUUUCACGUUUACGGUUUCAUGGUCUUCGCGAUGACUUUUGAGAGAUGGCGCCUGAAGGACAGGCCGCCCGAUGACUUGCUACGGCAGUAACUGAAUUUAAUUGCAUCGCUUUUAUGCUUUGCUAUGAACACAA